GCAUUGACGAUUCUAAAAUUAAAGCGUCGAACGCUGCAGAUUUGAAUUUUCUCACCUAGAGGCUUUCAGUGUGUUUUGUUGUCGGUUAAAUAAGCAUCGUUCCAAUUUUCGUGAAAAGUCAGCUUUUUCUCGCGAGUUUUUUUAAAAUCUUCAUUUGAUUUUUCAUCCGAAACCCAGCUUUGGCUUUCACAAGUGAAAAAAGUGCAUUCGGGUAGCUGGAGUGAAUUCAGGUGAACCUUGAUGUUGCUAUUUUGAUGGGUUUUAGUUGUUUUCCAUCUGAGGCCAUCAAAAUGCGGAUGUCUUAAUACGGUACAGGACGUAAAUAAUUGCGUGACUUCAUCUUCUCAGUUGCACAUCCAGAAUGAAGAGGAGUUGAUGACAAUCAGUGGUUUAGCAAUUUGGUCAACAACAUGUAUAAUGACACUACUGAUGCGAUUUUGGAGAGUUCCCGGUUCUGGUUCCAAAAGGUCCUGGUACCAAUCAUGGUAUGUGUGGGAGUCUCAGGCAAUACCAUAACAGUUAUGGUUCUUACAAGAAGAAGAAUGAGAUCUUCCACAAACAUCUACCUAUCGGCGUUGGGAAUCGCAGAUAUAAUCUACUUAUUGUUCGUUUUCCUGCUCUCCUUCAAGCAUUACCACAAUAUACACGAUCGAAGAUACGAGCUGUAUUGGCGGUUUUAUGGGCUCAGCCAUUGGCUGUGCGAUGCUGCAAGUAGCACAUCGGUCUGGCUUACAGUUUCAUUCACGAUAGAACGCUACAUCGCAGUGUGCCACCCGAUGAAGGGCAAGUUCUUCUGCACGGAAAAUCGUGCCAAAACCGUCACUGUUAUCGUCUACAUAUUCUGCAUCCUCACCACCGCUUCCACCACAUUCGAGUAUCAACUGACGCUAAAUGAUACUGUAACGUGCUCCAAGUGCCAAAUCGACCCGGGCAGACUAUCAUCAGCCAACUAUACUGGAAACAAUUCCAGUUCCAUCCAUUUCAUCCCGAACAAUGUGAGCGUGAGCCGAGAUCGAAAGCUGGAGAGCGGCAAUUCGCUGAACGUGUUCAACGACCCAGUUUUAACCGAUGCGCUGAAGAAGAUCCUGGUUAAUUGCACCAGCAAUCAUCCUCACAUAAUCUUCGUUUAUCCUCAACUCGGCAACGUUUCGCAGCCAAGAAGCAUCCCGGACAGCACCAAUGUGAACUUGCCCAAUGUGGCCAUUGUGCACAAAACGAUCGAUGAGAGUGUCUUGGAAGAGGACAAUGAUGAAUUCGACUUGGACGUUCAAAAUGAUACAGCAGUGAACGAGAGCUUGAGAUCGUGCUGCGUCACCAAGCUGUACAUUGAUGUGGAGAACACCAAUCUGGGAAAGAACCAGAAAUAUACCAGUUUCAUGUACUGGUACAGUGCGAUGGUUUGGGGAAUUGUGCCUUUAGUGCUCAUUGCGACCUUCAACUGCUUUCUGAUCAGCGCUGUAUACAUUUCGCAGAAGAAACGGAAGUCCAUGACUCGAACUAACACACAGACUUCACAGAGUGAAAAUGCGGCGAUAUCAAACGAAAACCGCAUUACCAUCAUGCUGAUCGCAGUGGUGGUGAUGUUUUUAAUCUGCCAAUCGCCUACCGCUUCGUACCUGAUUUACUACAACUUCUACCCGCCUGUAUCUGGUCGCGAUAAAAACAUCCAAAGCAUUUUAGGUAACGUUUUCAACGCCCUGCUAACAGUGAACGCAGCCUGCAAUUUCCUGCUCUACAGCAUCAUGUCGAAAAAGUUCCGAAGCACGUUCAAGCAACUGUUUUUCGAGCGCAGCAAGAAGCGCCAGGACACCAUGCAACUGUCCUCGCUCAAGAGCCACAAUUCCCAAAAAUUCAACCCCUACCAUCACGGUAUCAGUAGAAAUGCGUCCGAGUACCGAACCCCUCGAGACUUGGAGACGGCAAGUUUGACCGGAGUGCCUCGAUCGAAAACCUUAAUCACUCGUCCCAUAGGAAAAGCCAGAUCCACCGAUUUGAUUGUUUAACUUUUCUACAUUGACUGUGUGAAGUGCAAAGAAUAGCGUCAUUGUGAUGAACUAGUAAAAAUCAUAUAUGAAACGGUGUGCAUGUGCGCCUGAAGACCGAAAUUGUGGUUUUGUUUUCUAUAGCCCAUAGGAAGUGAGCCAAAGCAAAGGCAAACGUUGUUAUUUAUUUUUUAUUGAGAGUGAUGGUUGCAUAAUACAAAAAUAAUAUGCAAAUUCCU